AUGAGCUUCGCGAUUAAUUUUAUUAUUGAUCAUCCUGAUGACGAAAAUCAAAUAGAAAACUCAUCUAAUCUUAAUAAUUAUUACUGGGAUGAUUUUUUUACUUCAGUUAAUGAGAUUUCAGAUGAAGCUACUGGUCAAGUUAUUCAACUUCAAGAAUCAGAACAAAAAGAACUUAUUCCUAAAGAACUUGUAAUAGAACACUCUCCAAUUCCUAAGCUCCCAAUAAAUUUACCUUCUCCUUCUCCUUUAUUGGAAGCAACUAAACCACCUCCAUCAAUAAUUUUAGCUUCACCUCCUUUACAACCACAUUUAUUAUCAUCAACAGCAUCAAAUAUUUUACCGCCUAUAAUCCUACCUCCAUUAACUCCCUUUGCUGUUAACAUUCCUCCUCCAAAGAGAAUAGAACUUCCAACUACUAUUGCAAUACCUCCUCCGGAAAUAUCAACUUCUCCUUUAAGAAAGUCCCCAAAAUCACCUUUAAAAUCUAUAACACCAAAGUUAAUUCAAAGAAAUUCUAAAGUUAGGCCAGAUGAACAAGAAUUAACGCGUCCAUCUUCGCCAAAAUCUUCUAUUAUGAAUAUUAACAAAGUUGCUACUCCGGAAUUUCCCUUAAAUAUACCGCCGGAACCAAAACCGGUGAUUUUGAUGAAUUCACCCAAGGAAAAUCCGGAAAAAGUAGGAUCGUUGGUAGAUGAGAUGCAAGUAAAUUUAAUAGAAACUUCUGAAAAUUCACAAAAUUCCGAAGAAAAUCCUACCUUCGAGAAACUUAAAAAUAAACAAGCUUGGAUUAAAAGGAUGCGCUUGAAAUUUAGCGUAAGACCGGAAUUUGAGAUUACACAAAAUAUUUUGCACCCAGAUGGUUCUUUAAAUCAAGAUUAUUUUCGACCUUCAAAAGGAUCGAUUCCUCAAAUACAGCGUAAAUGGUCAGAUAAGGAACGUGUUCUGCUUAUUAAAGGUAUAGAAAAAUACGGCAUUGGGCAUUACAAGGAAAUUUCCGAUGAAUUUUUGCCGGAUUGGUCUGCACAAGAUCUUCGCGUAAAAACGAUGCGAUUAAUUGGAAGACAGAAUUUACAACUUUAUAAAGAGUGGAAAGGAGAUGAAAAUGCGAUUAAAAUUGAGUAUGAGAAAAAUAAAAAUAUUGGAUUAAAAACAGGGAUGUGGAAAGCUGGAACUUUAGUUUAUGAUGAUAAUGGAGUUGUCUUGAAGAUGAUUCAGGAAAUGUCAGGUGAUAGCAAAAAGAGGAAAAGAAAUGGACAGGAUAAUUUGGAGGGAGAAGAAGAGAUUGAAAUUGAUUAAUUCUAAUAUUGUUAUUAUUCUGGAAUCUGGAUAAGACAAUAUUAACAUUAAACAUCACCAUAUAUUCAAAAAAAAUUGUUAUAUUAUACUUAAAAUAAAA